UGCGCUGCUUGGCGCUGCCGCUGCAUUCCGAGGCCGCGCCGCGCGGGGAGAGCACCGCGACGACCGCGAGCCGCGAGCACCGCGACAAGGGACAGGGCCAGAGACAGGAACAGGAAGACAGGAGGGCAGGGCGCCGAUUCUCCGCAUUGCCGCAUUGUGCCGCGUGCCUGUCACGGCUCUGCAGCUCUGCACGGCACGCCGCGCCGCCUGCCAGGCCUGCCAGGUCACACUCCCGCCCAACUUGGAGGCGCCGUCAGCCGCAGAGAUAGUCAUCUCCGUCAGGACCCUGUUGACGUCGAGCGGAGCGCCAUGCCGUGCCCAGGUAAAAGCUGUGGGGGCGGCCCCGGAUACAAGACCCCACUGGAUGCUAUGAAGAAUGGACCCAGGGAGAAAAUCCUGUAUGUGCCAUGCAUCCAGCCAGAAGGUGACAAAGCGACCAAGCCAGACUAUUUAGCUACAGUUGAUGUCGACCCAGAGAGCCCUACUUUCUGCCAGGUGAUUCAUCGUCUACCCAUGCCGUAUAGCGGAGACGAACUUCACCACUCUGGCUGGAACGUGUGCUCCUCAUGCCAUGGUGAUCCUGAUCUGAAAAGAGACCAUCUCGUUCUUCCCGGUUUCAUCAGUAAUCGAGUAUAUUUUGUUGAUGUUUCAAACCCCAGUGCUCCAAAACAUGAUAUGAUUGUGGAACCUGAAGAAAUGCUGAAGCUGGGUGUGAGCACUCCACAUACUGCCCACUGCCUGUCUACAGGGCAGGUCAUGAUCUCAACACUGGGAGAUGGAAAAGGGAAUGGAAAAGGGGAAUUUGUCCUCAUUGAUGCAAAGACUGCCAAAGUUACUGGCUUAUGGACCAAAGGCCCUCAAGCAAAAUUUGGAUAUGACUUCUGGUAUCAGCCAUACUUUGACGUCAUGAUAGCUAGCGAAUGGGGUGCUCCUCGUGGUUUUGUAAAUGGUUACGAAACUGAAUAUGUUUUCAACAAGGAAACUUAUGGUCAGUCUUUAAAUGUGUACUCAUGGUCAGAACAACGUUUGCUUCAAACAAUUGACUUGGGAGAGGAAGGCAUUGCUCCACUUGAGUUGCGAUUCCUUCACAAUCCUCGUAAGCCAAUUGCUUUCGUUGGAUGUGCAGUAUUUGCCAACAUUUUCCGAGUUACCCGUAAGGAAGACGGAACUUGGUUUGCUGAAAAGGCAAUUGAUGUUCCAGAAAAGAAGGUUGAAGGAUGGGUUUUACCAGAAAUACAAGGGUCAGUAACCGACAUCUUGAUCUCUUUGGACGACCGAUUCCUAUACUUCAGCAACUUCCUCCAUGGUGAUGUUCGUCAGUAUGACAUUUCUGACCCUUUCAAUCCUCGCCUGACUGGUCAAGUAUUUUUGGGUGGAAGUGUUUGUAAGGGUGGACCCGUCAAAGUGGUAGAGGAUAAAGAACUCAAGGAGCAACCUGAGAGGCCUGUUGUCAAGGGAAGGACCCUCCACGGGUCCCCACAGAUGCUGCAGCUGAGUUUGGAUGGAAAGCGGCUGUACGUGAGCAGCGCGCUCUUCUCCCCCUGGGACCGCCAGUUCUACCCCGACCACGUCAAGCAUGGGUCCUUCAUCGUCCAGCUGGACGUCGACGUCGAAAACGGGGGCAUGAAAGUCAACCACGACUUCUUGGUGGACUUCGGCAAGGAGCCGGAGGGUCCAGUGCUCGCGCACGAGAUGAGGUAUCCUGGCGGCGAUUGUACUUCAGACAUCUGGCUGGACAGUGGAGACAAAGAGUGACGGACCUUCAAGGGAAUGGCCCAUGUUCUACCACUGGCACUCAUCAGACAUCUUUUAUAUAAAAUUUCCUAUGCUUUUAUCUUUUAA